GUCAGUAAUUUACAAUGUCAAGUGUGCAAUUGUUAGAAUGAUUUUUAUAAUUUCCUUAAAUAAAGUUAACUAUAUCAGCAGAAUUGCAUUUUUGUGGGUAUAAGGGGAGAUUAUGCAUUAUGCUUUAUCUCAUAUAAAAAUAUCUUGAAAAAUCACCACUCUGAGCAGUGUUGCUCUUACCAGAUACUGUGUGCAUGUGUUUCAUGUAAACCCAACCUAAAUCUUUCCUUCAGUAUGUUAACUGGGCUGACCACCCAUAGGUUUCUAAGCAUUUUUGUGCAAUACAUCUAUUUCCCACUGUUCUGUUUUAAAAAGUAUGUAAGCUCCACAGCUAUGCUCUCUGAGAUUUAUAGAAGAACCUGUGACACUUUAUUGUGAUAUUUUGUAAACAGUCUGAAAAUAAUUAUUUUUUCACACAAAACAACAGUUUCUAGUUUUAUAUUAAAAAUUGUCAUUUUGGAGAUCAUUUUGGUUGAACAGAGUUUUGCUUUUUCUAGUCUGAUUUCACUCUUGAUCUGCAGAAUAUUUAUGCUUAUGCCACUGUACCUGGGAAUGUGACCUGAUUUUUACACAGACAGCAGUCAUUUUUGUCAAUAAAGGAUGGCAGAAAGAGGCUGUUUAAAAAGAACUGUUAUGCCAUGGACGUGGCUCUUGACUAAGCCACAUUUUCAUCCUCUUCUUCAUUCUGGCUCAAAGACACCCAUUCACAUAUUGUCCUUGUUUUCCAGUUUGCGUUGUUACCUUUAUUUCACCCAGAAAUUCUCAAAUCAUACUCAUAUUGGAUUUUUUUUUUAGAGCCUGUAGUGAUACUUUCCCUGUGUACUUUAUGCAUGCUAAUAAUAUUCAUAAUAAAGCGGUGUAAGCCUACCACAAAACUGACACAAACCUCAGCUGCUAUUUGAAUAUAUAGGCCUCUGCUUAUAUAUUCCAAGGUCACUAAUUGAUGGGAUGAAAUAAAAAGGAGAUCCCUGAAUGUGACUCUCAAAUGUUUCAUUAGGCGGAAAUCUUUCAGGCACACAGUUCUGUCAGGCACGUGUCUGUUAAAAUAGAUCUCAGUAUAUUUUGGAAUACAAUGACUUAAAACAGAAGGCCAGAAGUGCCCUUUUCUGACUUUAUGACAUUGGGUUUGAUUAUCUUUUAAUUAUUUAUCUUGCUCUAUCUUUAUUUGUCCCCUUUUCUUGUUUUAUGGUCUUUUUUUCCUGCUUUCUUUAAUGGAGCUUCUAAGCCCUAGCUGACGUUGCUUUUAGCUCAAUUAUAUUUGUUCAGGAAAUCAUUAAAAAGAUGUUGCUUCCUUCUGUAUUUUUUACUAUUUUUCAGUGUUCAUGUAUGUAUUGUAGAGAGUUUAAGGGCUUUGUGUAGUAUCGGUGCUUACUGCUACCUGGUUCGAUUUAUUUAGGAUGGAACAAAUGGUGUUUGGUCCUUCCUGCAUUGGACUGGGCAGACUGGAUUCAGAAAGCACAGAGGCUCAAUCCUGAGGCAUAUACCAUGUUUCCUACUGCAAUAAGGCAGCUGCAAUGGAAAAAAUAAAUCCUUCUAGUCCCAGGAACAACUGACGAUACAAAGGACAAUGCACAGUGUAUAUCCCAGUGACAUUUUGUGUGCUGUGACAUGGCUUUUGCCAUGGCAUCUGAGUCUGAAAAGGCCCAUGCUCUUCUCCAAACUUUCAGCACAGCUUCAGUUAUUUCUAGUCUAGGUUUGGGAAUAUUCUGCUUUGUAGCAGACAGACUUCUGCAGUUUUCCUUCAUUCAGCAAAAUGACUGGCUCCGAGCCUUGUCUGAUAAUGCAGUCCAUGGUAUACUAGGAAUGUGGUCCUGGGCAAUAGUGAUUGGACUGAGAAAGAAAAGUGACUUCACUGAGGUCACUCUGGCUGGCUUCCUCGCCUCUGUCAUUGAUGUGGACCACUUCAUUCAUGCUGGCUCCCUGUUCUUAAAGGCUGCUCUGACCCUUCCACAGAGACCGCUUCUUCAUUGUUCUACUGUGAUUCCUGUUGUAGCUCUGACAUUGAAGUUUAUUAUGCACCUUUUCAGGCUUAAGGAUUCAUGGUGCUUUCUUCCCUGGAUGUUGUUCAUAUCAUGGACUUCUCAUCACGUCCGUGAUGGGAUUCGUCAUGGCCUCUGGAUCUGCCCAUUUGGAAAAACUCCUCCUUUGCCAUAUUGGCUUUAUGUGGCAAUUACAGCAUCUUUACCUCAUCUGUGUUCAUUUGUUAUGUAUUUAACAGGCACUAGAGAAUUAAUGUCUACAAAACAUGGAAUCCACAUUGAUGUAUAAGAAUGAUGGCUCUUAAAGGUUGUUUGUAUUAGCACUUGAAAUAAGCUGUCUGUUUAUCACUGAAGUGGUUUCCUUGUCUUUCCUGUGACUUCAGAGUUAGGCAUUUUAAGCAUGUGGAGCCAGUUACAGCUUCUGUGACCAUUUCUUUUGGCCCUAGAAACCUAUUUCAUUAAUGGUAAUAUUUUUAUAUAUGUAUAUUCCCUGUGUAAAAUAUGUGGUCUUCCAUUACAGUUCAUGCAUAACUAGCUGAUCUGUAAAGUACUUAGUCUCUGUCUGUAGUAAUUACAUUACAUUUUCACAGAAUCACAGAAUGGUAAGGGUUGGAAGGGACCUCUGGAGAUCAUCUCAUCCAACCCCACUGCUUGAGCAGGCACACCCAGAGCAGGGGGCACAGGACCACGUCCAGGCAGGUUUUGAACGUCUCCAGGGAAGGAGACGCCACAACCUCUCUGCACACCCUCAAAGGAAAGAAGUUUUUUCUCAUGUAUAGCUGGAACUUCCUGUGUUCCAACUUGUGCCCAUCGCCCUUUAUCCUGUCAUUGGGUACCACUGAAAAGAGUCUGGUCCCUUCAUCUUAACACCCAUCCUUCAAAUAUUUAUAAGCAUUGAUAAGAUCCCCCCUCAGUCUUCUCUUCUCCAGGCUGAACAGACCCAAGUCUCAGCCUUUCUUCAUAAGGGAGAUGCUCCAGUCCCCUGAUCAUCUUGGUAGCUCUCCGCUGGACUUGCUCAAGCAGUUCCACAUCCUUCUUGAACUGGGGGGCCCAAAACUGGACACAGCACUCCAAAUGCGGUCUCACUAGGGCCGAUAACCUCCCUCAACCUGCUGGCCACACUCCUUUCAAUGCACCCCGGGAUACUCUUGGCCUUCUUGGCCACAAGGGCACAGUGCUGGCUCAGGGUCAGCUUGCUGUCCACCAGCACUCCCAGGUGCUUCUCAGCAGAGCCACAUUCCAGCAGGUCAGCCUACAACCUGUACAACCUGCACCGGUGCAUGGGGUUGUUCCUCCCCAGGUGCAGGACCUUACACUUGCUUUUGCUGAAUUUCAUCAGGUUUCCCUCGGCCCAGCUCUCCAGCCUGUCCAGGUCUCGCUGGACGGCGGCACAGCCUGCUGGUGUAUCAGCCACUGCUCCCAGCUUGGUAUCAUCCGCAAACUUGCUGAGGGGACGCUCUGUCCCUUUGUCCAGGUCAUUGAUGAAUGUAUGAAACAGGACUGGAUCCAGCACAGAGCCCUGAGGAACACCACUAAUUAUGGGCCUCCAACCAGACUCUGCGCCAUUGAUCACGACCCUCUGAGCUCUGUUGCUGAGCCAGUUCUCUGUCCAGCUCACUGUCCACUCAUCCAACCCACACUUCCUUAGCUUGCCUGUGAGGAUGCUAUGGGGGACAGGGUCGAAUGCCUUACUGAAGUCAAGAUAGACAACAUCCCCUGCUCUCCCUUCGUCGACCCAGCCAGUCACGCCAUCACAGAAAGCUGUCAGGUUGGUCAAGCAUGACCUCCCCUUGGUGAAUCCAUGUUGACUAUUUCUGAUAACCUUCUUGUCCUCUACAUGCCUGGCGAUGACCUCCAGGAUGAACUGUUCCAUCACCCUGCCAGGGAUGGAGGUGAGGCUGACUGGCCUAUAGUUUCCCAGGUCCUCCUUCUUGCCCUUUUUGAAGUCUCGAGUGACAUUUGCUUUCCUCCAGUCCUCGGGAAUCUCUCCUGUCCUCCAUGACCUUUCAAAGAUGAUGGGGAGUGGCUCAGCAAGAACAUCCGCCAGCUCCCUCAGCGCUCGCAGGUGCAUCCCAUCGGGGCCCGUGGAUUUGUGAGGCUCCAGUUUGCCUAGGUGAUCUCUGGCCCAAUCCUUUUCAACCAAGGGGAAGUCUUCCUUUCUCCAGAUUUUCUCUCUCUCUCUUCUGGGGGCUGGGACGCUUGAGGGCCAGCCUUAGCAGUAAAGACUGAAACAUUGUACUGUCAUGGUGCCAUUCAUCUGAUCACCAUUCACUUUGGAUUUUAUUCUGCUUUUAGAUAGUACAUUUCAUCUAGAUAGCAUUUAUAUAGCCCUUUAAUAAUGUAAAGUACUAUAUAAGUGCUAAGUAUUAGUGAGAAUUUAGUAGCGUAUUGCACUUCUAAAAAACAUCAUUUAGCCUUUUGAAUUUUUUUGUUUUCCUGCUGGACUCUUGUAUACAACUAUUUUAAAGGAAAUUCUGUUUCUACUUCACAGUGUGCAACUGUAUAUCUGCAUCUCUUUGAACACUGCUAUCAUAUAGUGUUUCUACUACAUUCUAUUCCUCCAUAGUUGCUUGGUACUCGAUUUGCAGACAAUUGCUAGAUAUUAUUUGUGGUUAGAAAGGAGAAGACAGUUUCAUUACAGUAUUAUGUAUUUUGGCCAAAUUGUUUAAUUAAAAAAUACACUAAUUAUGAACAUUAUUUAAUAUGGAAAUAAGGAAUUUUAGUAAAUAUUUAAGGAUUCAGUAAAGGCAAACUUACUUAUUACAGUAAAACAUAAGCUUUAGGGAAGAUUCAGGAAGAUAGAAGUGAAACUGCUCAGAGUGUGAGUUUUCUUAAAGAACUUACUCUUGUAAACAGCACUUUUCCAUUAAGUGCAAUAGCACCCUUAUUAUUGUAAAAUAAAAUGCGUUAUUAUUAUACAGAAAUAGAAAUUUCCUCAUAAAGGAGUUCCUUAAGGAAAAAUGUUAUUAUGUUGCAGGUUUAUAACAUAGUAAUUUGCACUGUGGACUAUUCAAAGUAACAGUUUUCAUUUACAGAAAUUUCUCAGAAAAAGUCCCAAAGUAAAAAUUAAGCUCCUGUCUAGCUUACAGUGUACAAGCUAAGAAAUAUCUAUUAGUAACUGUAUGGUUAGUUUUUUUAUUAAUUGCACUCCAUUGCCCAUUAGGGAGAUAGGACCUUAAUUAUUCCAGUUUGUGAUGAAUAGCUGUCAAAAGGGAUUACUUUUAUGGAGGAGCAUAUAUAGGGUAGCAUGUGCUGAACUUAAGUUAUCAAAGGGUGCAAAGAUUAGGUGAUGUGUUCAUACUAUAUUUAUGUUAGUACAUGUAUAUUAGUAUAAAGUUAAAAAAAAUUACAGAAAAUAUUAACUGGGAUGGCUGGCUUAAUGGGUCUCAGAGACCCUCGAUGGCUGGUAAGUGCUAAAGGCUCUCUGCAGCACACUGAGCUAAUUAGGGAAAGUGUUUCAUCCUUUUAAAAUGUGCUCUCCACAAAAAUAAUAGUCGCUGCUCUAUUUGUUCUUCAUGUUAGAAAUCUAUGCGUAUGGAAACCUGUCUGACAGUACAGUGGGGUGGGCCUGUUUAGCCUUUAUUAUAAAAUGAAUAAAAGGGUUUUUCUUGGAAGGAAGAUUGGAAAAGCAGGACAUUCCUUAAAGGAUUAUCCUCAUAAUGUGGAUCUCUGUCUUUUAUAGCAUGUAAAAGUUUCCCAGAAGUGUCAGAAAUGUCUUGCUUUAGAGCCCUCAGAGCAGGAAGUUUUAUCCAAAGACAUGAUGGUUUAGUAGAAGAGGAGUGUUGCUCAUUCAUUUACUUCUAACCUGUAUUUUAAACUGUAGUCUAUGAAAUGCCAGUAUGAACAAAUUUUUGUGCAUUAGUGGACACUUAAAUCCAUGUAGAAAAUUUUCUGUGUUCUUGUUUCUUCAUAUAAAAUUUGUAAAAUUUUGUGCUUUAUCCAGAUUUGUUGCAAAGGGAAAUGUAUAUAGGAACAAAGUGGAGAAUUACACUUUCUCAUUUUUAGAUUGUAGCUGUAGCAUUUUUGGUAACUAUAUGUCCACCAACAGUCCUUAAGAUUAGUACUGUACUGUCCUAGCUAUGUUUAGGGAUCAGUUACUAGGUACAUCUUUAGUAGGUUAACAAUACAUAUUUUCAUUCUCUGUAUUCAUAGCAGGUUUUGUGCGGUUUUCUGCAAUACUUUUCAGCUGUAUUUCAAAAUACUAUUUUUCUGGUCAUGUUCUUAUACCAGUUCUACCACAGCAAUAGAUGAACACCACUUAGAAACAUUAAGGGAAGUAGCAAGCACUUGUGACAUGCGACUUCUUUCCGUCUCCCUCUAAUCAUGCAUGGCAGUCUCACACCUCAUCCUGACAUUUAGGUGACUUUAGCUCAGGCCAUUGACAACUUGUUAAGGUAAACUGACACGUUGCAUGUAAUGCUGUAAUCUGUGGGUAGCCAGAUUAGAGAACAAAGAAGUUGUUAAAUAUUUGUUUCAGCCCAAAUGACUUAGGAGAUACGCCUGCCUGUUACGGAGGAAUUUCCCAACAAUUUUUUACCAGUAUUUCAUGUACAUUUCAAAUUAAUUGAUAUUUCCAACUGUGCAUUGAUACGUGCCAUGUGCAGCAAAACCACAGCAAAAAUAAACCAAGAUACUAAAAACAUAAUGAAUUUGUGCUUUACUGCAUGCAUUACAAUAAAGAGUAAAUGUGAAGUACAAAAAGCAUGUGAUUUACACAAAAAAUUGUUAGCAAAUUCAAGCUAAUAAUUUCAUGUACACUGUAUGAUACCUAUCAGUAAAAUAUUAGUUAUUUCAGUG